AUGAUUUUACUUUGCCUCCAACAUCAACUGAAUGCCCCUGCACACCAGCCAUUUGUGCCUGAAGGACACCUAUUUAUCUGUCACUGGAUCCUCAUAUCACACAAAAGCCUGCCCAUCUAUCCAAUGUCUAGCUACACAGCUGAGCAGGAGAAAGUUGUUGUGCGGAUUUUGUCCCAUCAACCUCACCAAUACUAUGAGAUUCUUGGCGUCUCAAAGACAGCUAGUGAUGGAGACAUAAAGAAGUCGUAUAGAAAGAUCGCUUUGAAACUUCAUCCGGACAAAAACUCGCAUCCACGUGCCAGUGAAGCUUUUAAGCAACUCAACAAAGCAUGGGAGGUACUUGGUGAUCCUAAUAAGAAAACUAUUUUUGACCAAACCGGAUCGGACCCAACAAGCAGAUUCGGCUCCGGAGGAAGUGCAAGCUCUAGUGGGUUUAGUCCGGGCUUCUCCAAUGGAAAUACUUUCCACAGAGCUCAAGGCGGCUUCGAUGAAGAUAUAUUCAAUAUGUUCUUCGGUGGGCACCAACCUGGAGCCACAUUCUCCUUCGGGGGUAAUGGAUUCACAUUUCAACAAUUUGGUGACAGCCCUUUCGCCCAAUUUCAGCAGCGAGGUCCUCGCCAGCCCCCGCGCAAGAACCAACAACCACAACCAGAACAAGAUAUUGCAACUACCCUCAAGCAACUUGCGCCUCUUCUCAUAUUUCUCUUAGUGACAUUGAUAGCUUCUGCUUUUUCCGGUGAUGGACAUGACUACUCUAUGAAACCUACAAGCAAAUUCUCGCUGAAGCGCGAGACUCCUAAGUACCACGUUCCCUUUUACGUUCAACCUCUGUUCGAGAAGGAUAAGAGUGCGUCAAAACUUCGUAGAUUCGACAGCAAAGUCGAAAGCGAAUAUAUCCAAGACAAAAAAACCAUGUGCAAUCGUGAACACAUGAGGCGCAAUCAAAUGAUGGAUGAAGCACAAGGCUGGUUCUCUGUCGACGAAGCAUUGAUGAAUCAGGCAAAGGCCAUGCCUAUGCCUCAUUGUCACGAACUCCAAAAAUAUGGAAUAAUUUAA